AUAUAUGGAAUCAUUUCCGGCAUCUUUCGCCAGAUACAGCGGUGGUCAACCAGUAGAGUGAGCUCACAACUGAACAGCCAUGGCUACCGACUUCAAAUCCAUCCCUCUAAUCGAUAUCAGUGAAUUGGUGGAAAAGUGCGAUGAUCCAAAUUCGACACAGGAUAAAGGCGUUGCCGAAGUAGUUCGUCAAUUGGAUCAGGCUUGCAGAGAAGCUGGCUUCUUUUAUGUGAAAGGCCACGGUAUUCCCGAUUCCCUUGUUAAACAAAUUAGAACUAUAUCUCGCCGUUUUUUCGAUUCGCCGUACGAGGAGAAGCUCAAAAUCAAGCUCUCUUCUGCAUCUGGAUACAGAGGUUAUCAACGAGUCGGUGAGAACAUUACUAAAGGCGUGCCCGACAUGCACGAAGCUAUUGAUUGCUACAAAGAAGUAAACCCCGGAAUGUAUGGAGAUCUCGGUAAAGCUAUGGAAGGCUGCAACGUAUGGCCGAGCGAACCUCCAAAUUUUAAAAAUCUAAUGGAGGACUACGUCGAUCGUUGCACAGAACUUUCUAGAAAGAUCAUGAGAGGGAUAGCAUUAGCACUGGGUGGACCCAUAGACGCAUUCGAAGGAAAUAGAGCCGGAGAUCCAUUUUGGGUGCUUCGUGUGAUCGGAUAUCCUGUUUUAUGCCAUGAAAUGCCUAACCCGGAAAACGAUGUCGGAUGUGGAGCCCACACCGACUAUGGUUUAUUGACCUUAGUUAAUCAAGAUGAUGAUAUAACCGCACUGCAGGUGAGAAACAGUAACGGUGAAUGGAUAUCAGCUGUACCCGUUCCUGGUACAUUUGUUUGCAAUAUCGGUGACAUGCUAAAGAUUUUAACAAACGGUCUAUACGAGUCGACUCUGCAUCGGGUCAUAAACAACUCUUCGAAAUAUCGUGUUUGCGUUGCCUACUUUCAUGAGCCAAACUUUGAUGCUGCUAUAGAACCACUGGAUAAAUGUGUGGAGAAGAGUGGUGGAACAAAGAAGUUCGAAAGAGCUGUUUACGGAAAGCAUUUGGUCAGUAAAGUGUUGACCAAUUUCGUAAUUUAAUUUCAUAAUUAAUAAUGGUGAUUUCCUUUUCUUCACUUCAAUAAAUUGUGCAUUUGCAAAGUGGUUUAUUAUAACUUUAUAUGAUUAUAUAUCCUGACUUUUCGGAAUGUAAAUUUUCAGCAACUCCUAUAUUUAUUUUCUUUUCCUUU